AUGUCUCGCGCGACUAUGAGAUGGACUCCUGAGGUCGACCAAAACAUUUUGGUCGCCAUAGUCAAGACCAUGAUCCCAAGCGGUGAACAGUACUCUGCCAUCAUCGAGGAGCUUCAUUCUCAAGGCUACAGCUUCACAGCCUCUGCUCUCAAGUGCGCCUUCCCUACUUUCCUUCCCCCUUCCUUUCACUUCUGCCUACAAGGCCCUUGCUCUCGAGACCCCCUACCACUCCUCUACAAAAUUAAUUCAAUUGCUCUCGCCUCUCGCUUUUCACUCUUCCUCUUCCGCCGUCCUGAAUUUAUGUUCAACACGACAUAG